AUGACAAUCCUACACCAGGCGAUAACUUGCAAUGGUAUUACGAUCACGCUCGUAAUGCAAUUAGCCGGAAGCAUGGCGAACGAUGGACGGAAUAAAGCCGAAGAUUUGCCUGAAUUAGACUCGUUCCUAUCACGAAUAUCGAAAGACGACAGGAUAUUUUCUCACAUUUCUAUUUAUACGUAUAUACCAACGUGUUGUUCUUCUCAUUUUUAUUUUCGGCCCUACGACAUAACGGUUCUCCAAGAUUUGGGCCGGUACCAUCCCGAGCCUCGUGGGGACAACGAGCACUCCCGUCUAUACCGAUACCUGGUAGAUGGACACGAAUUCACGCUAACAGUAGUAUCACGAUUUUCGAUUCCUUAUCGUUAUGCCAUUAGUGUAACGUGGCCAGCAUCGAUACACGUCGUCCCUCCUCGGUUUGGGCAGCGAUUCGUCCUCGAUGAACGAUCCACACGGAAACGUGGGUAUUGCGCACAGAGGAGUUUGAGACACCGAGAAACUCACGCACGUACGCGCGAGGGUCCCGUAGCUGCUGUUGCUGCUGCUGCUGCUGCUGCUGUGUCACGUGUUGUUUAUGCGUUCUACACACGCUCCGCCCCAUCGCCUGAUCUCUCUAGAGAUUCUCAAGUACCGGAUCGAGAAGAAUAUUCGAAAAUAUGCACCGGUUGGAAGCUUUGGCAGAGGUACGUUUUGGCCCGGUAUGCUGGACGCGUGAAACCUUCGACCUGCAAAGGAUGUACGGACUACGAGAGAUAUGACGAAUCGACGUCAAGUACGUUAUCAUCCCUGAGAAGAAUUCAGGGUCAAAAUCCCAGGGUCAGAAGAGCGGGAAAACCCGUCGAGGAUUUAAAAAAUGAACGAGCUUCCUCAAUAGGAGCUACUCCGACAGAUAAUACCUGCAGUCAUCCUGGGAAUUGAAGAAAUGAAACAUUAAUUGAUCCUGUGAAAAUUCCGAAGAGGGACUGUUACCGAUUUGAUCUAUCUUUAUCGUAUCCUGGAAGAGAGGUGUUCAUUCAAACCUCUCAAUGGUAUCAACCUGUGUCGGUUUGUGUUGUUUCUGAUGCUAACAUUUUUUACGAUGGAAGAACAGUUCUGAGAUGAAAUUACAUAAAAAUAGCGUAUAAAACCUGAGUUAAAAAAAUGUUGAUCUUUGGCCAAAAUUUUUUAUUUUUUAAAAUUGAUCGUAUGGCACUUUUCUUACGUAUUUUGA